AUGACCACUACAGUUCCUAUAAUUUAUUCAUUUCCUGAAUUCCUUGGUGUUGCGGAAGCAGUUGCAGACUUGAUUAUUUCGUCACAGAAUCAGACUUUAUACAACACCACCGAUCUAAAACAAAUUGCUUUGAUCAAAGCUGGUCAAGUAAAACGUCCAUCAGUAAACAAAACAAAUAGUUCACUUUCAAUUAUUAAUCAAGGUGGUAACGGGAAUAGUAAUGGAAACAACGGAAACAGUGGCAAUGGAUCUACUGGCAGUAGUGGUGCCACUCUAAGUGCCAGCAAUGCCCAAUCAACAUCCUAUUUGAAUCCUGACUACCCUUCAUCUUCAGCAUCUGCAACGAACUUAGCUGCCAAUAACAAGAUCAAGAAGGAGAAAAAAAUCUUGAAGAAGCAGGAAAUUAGAUUCAAGAUUGCCAUUAGUGGAGGUUCAUUAAUCAAGAUCUUAAAUCAAGGUUUAUUAACCAGACAGGAAUUUAUUGAAUGGGAUAAAUGGGACAUUUAUUUUGCUGAUGAAAGAUUGGUACCGUUUGAUAGCCCCGAUUCCAAUUAUGGACAAGCUAAAUUGGAUAUUUUCGAUCAUAUAAAGGGAGACAAGAAACCACGAAUUUUCCAUAUUGAUGAAUCAUUAAUUGACGAUCCACAAGAAGCUGCUGAUGAUUAUGAAAAACAAUUGAUACAUCAAUUUGCCAAAAAGGAUUCAGUCAAAUUACCCAUGUUUGAUUUAUUAUUGUUGGGAUGUGCACCCGACGGCCACAUUGCUUCAUUGUUCCCCAACCACGGUGAAAGUUUAAGGGAGAAAUUGGCAUGGUGUAUACCUGUGUCAAAUGCACCACUGGGUCCAUCAAAUAGAAUUACAUUGUCGAUACCAGUUAUAUGUCAUGCUGCGAGAGUGGCUUUUGUUGUUGAAGGUUUGACUAAAGCCCCCAUUAUCAAGACCAUUAUGGAGAGACCAGAAAAGGGUUUACCUAGCUCCAUUGUUAAUGAAGGGGCUGCUGGAAGAGUAAGUUGGUUUGUUGAUGAUGCUGCAUUGAAUGAUUUGUAUGAUAUUACCAAAAAGAAAUAUAAAUAUUUAUCAAUCCCGGAACCUAAUCAUUGA